UUAAACUCUCCCAGAGGCUACCGUUAGCUAGUUUAGCUAUUAAAGUUUUCUUGAGACAUUUUUAUAUUCAGCUAUUAAUAUUGGAUUAGUUUUGUUCGGCGAGUUGUUAAAUUGCAUACGCGCUCAAAUUGUUUAGCAUAUUUUGCUGACUGUUAGUUAACAUUAGAGUUACUUUUAGUGAUGGUGAGUUAACAUUAGCCAUUCUAACUUAAGUUAGGUAACUGGAAUGCCCCUCAGGAGAUGCCCACAACGAGCUCAAUACAACAACAAUGCAGGUAACAUAACGCAGGGGGCUGCUGGAGAGGAACCACGAAGGAAUUUGGGUUGGGUGCAAUCCUAGUGGGUGACUGGUGUGAUUUUGUGAUGAACGAAUGGACAAGACUGCCCCCCUCAAAUGGAAGAACCUCAGCCUGUUUCCCCUGGUCAGAUGAAAAAUAGUGGUGCUUCACUGGAUGCCAGCCAACCCUCUGAUCUAACCACCUUUAAGAUGGACAGCAGAGCAAAACAGUGGGCCAAAAGUUCACCUCCCAACCCAGCAGACACCCUCUACCCCCGCGGCUCGCGGGACUCCGCAUUCCCUGUGAAUGACCUCAGCGGCUCCACCAUCCAGAGGCAGAGGAGGGAGCUCCAGCUGCUGAUGGCUGAGCUGAAGGACCAGGACAGGGAGCUGAACACCAUGGUUGCCUCCCAUCAAAAGCAGCUUCACGCCUGGGAACAAGACCGCCAGAGGGUGCUCACCUUGGAGCAGAGGUGUGCCCGUUUGGAGGGUGAGGACACAGAAACCACAGGGAUAUAGAUUCAAUCUGACUUCCGUGUUAUAGCUUCAAAACUGCAAAAUAAUGCUGGAUAGAUGUUAUUCUGCUCAUGUUUGUCUGCUGUAGGGCUGCAACUAACAAUUAUUUUCAUUAGGAAUUAAUCUGCUGAUUAUUUUCUUGAUUAAUCAGUUGUUUUGUUUUUAAACUUAGGAAAAAGUUUACAAAAUCAGGAAAAUUUCCCAGAGCCUGUAACAGCAUUAUCAAAUUCUUUGCUUUAUCUGACCAACAGUUCAAAAAGGAAAGUUGGUUAUAGUCUGGUCUGUCCAUAAAUCAGCUACAAAUUGAUUCUGUAGUCCAGGACUUGUUAAUAACGUCGCCUCACGUCGUAAAGCCUGCACGUCAGGGAGGAAGAGCUGAGUUCCAUGCUCAAACUCAAGGUACGUUAACAGACUAUACAUCUCUGUAACCUCCAUGAAUAUAUGGUUGCUUUGUGUCUCUGUCAGGUGCUGAUGAGGAUUAGCAUGAAGUUAAAGGAUAACUUUCGUUUUUUACAAC